AUGACGACUAGUGCGACAAAUGGCUUGUCGGAGAUUGAGAGACAAAGACAAGCCAAUAUCGCCGAGCAGAAUGCCUUGCUAAGAGAGUUGCAGCUUGGUCAGUCGGGGAAUUUUGCAAGUUCCGCAACACCAAAGACCGCAUCGUCAAGCAAAAGCAAGAAGAAGGCACCACCCAAACGCGUGAAGGAAGAAGAAUCUCCCGCCCCCCGGCGGCAGUCGUCUCGUCUCCAAGGGCUCUCAGCUGAGAGUGAGGUUGCGAAACGCAAGGCGGAGGAUCAUUACGAGGCUGCCAAAGAGGCUGAACGCGCAAAGAGAAUUCGCCGCACGGACUCCUUCACUCAAAAUGACAUGUUUAUUGCAGGUCAAAAAUUGAGUGGGGAUAGCCUGAUUGGGACCGAUGUGAUAGUCAAAGGUGUCGCCGAGCCAUACUUUCGUACGUUCGGGGAUGAUGACAUUGAGAAGACGGCUGAUAAAGAGCUGAAGGCUCUUCGAGAGGAGAUGAAUGGCCUCGAAUUAUGGGACAAAUGGGAUCCGCAAAGAAUCAAAAUCACACCCGAGCGCGUCUAUACUAUGACAUUCCAUCCUUCCGAGGCAAAACCUUUGAUCUUCGCUGGCGACAAGAUGGGUCACCUUGGAAUUCUCGAUGCGUCGCAGGAAAAGGUUGAAACAAAAGUUGAAGAUGAGGAUGAAGAACAAGAUGAUCCAGAUCCCGAGUUAACUACUCUUAAAAUCCACACUCGAACUAUCAGUUCUAUGAUGGUCAAUCCGUCCAAACCCACAUCGCUUUACACAGCGAGUUACGACAGUUCGAUCCGAGAAUUGGAUCUUGAAAAGACGGUUUCAGUGGAGACAUAUGGGCCGCAAUCAACUAACAUUGAUGAGGCGAUCUCGGCCAUUGACAUGGCUCCCACUGACCCCAAUGUUCUUUACUGGACUACUCUAAACGGUGGAUUUGGGAGUUACGAUAUCCGAACUUCUAAGGAUACGGCUUCGUCAUGGGAGCUUUCGCAAAAGAAAAUCGGUGGAUUCACAAUAUGUCCAUCAUCACCACAUUAUUUCUCCACAGCGAGUCUAGAUCGAUUUCUUCGAGUUUGGGAUAUCCGAAAGCUUUCUCGAAAGGAGCCUGUCCCUGUUGCCGAGCAUGAGAGCCGUCUUUCGGUCUCUCAUGCAGCUUUCAAUGCCGCAGGUCAAAUCGCGACAUCAUCCUAUGACGACACGCUUAAGAUCUAUGACCUCGGGGCGAAGGGCCUCUCAUCUUGGACUAAGGGACACACACUUGAGGACGCAGACUUUCGUCCCGAUACUGUGGUGAGACAUAAUUGCCAGACUGGCCGUUGGGUCACAAUCCUGCGGCCUCAAUGGCAAUUGAACCCUCAAUCGCAUAUUCAAAAAUUCUGCAUUGGGAACAUGAACCGUUUUGUGGAUGUGUACAGCGCUGGCGGUGACCAGCUAGCCCAGCUCGGCGGUGAUGGGAUAACCGCUGUUCCAGCAGUUGCUGUCUUUCAUCGGAGUAAGAACUGGGUCGCCGGCGGGUUCGAGAAACCUUAUGACAUGUCCCAGUGGAUCAUUAUUGUCUAA